GUGGCUCGAUUCCUCCAGCAGGGUGCAUCUCGGCUCUUCUGAAACCGAAAGACUUUUCUUUAAAGAGGUUCCGCCUUCCAGCUGCCUUAAGUGACUCUCCAGACACGCUUGUCUUCGGCAGUGAGUUUGUCACGGUGAGGGGGAUCCAGCACCCAGGAUGUUAAUUCUCCGGGCCGGCGACUUGGAAAGCCUGGAUGUCAUCGGGAGCGGAGGUUUCGGGGUGGUGUACAAAGGAUGGAGUCGGACUCUGAACACGGUGAUUGCUCUGAAAAUGAUACAAGGUUCUGACCUUAAACUACUGUUAAAAGAAAUCGAAAAGGAAGGCCUUGUGAUGCAGAAGGCGAGCAACCCCCAUGUCCUGCGUCUUCUUGCCGUCUACGAGAAGAAGGAAGGUACGCUCUUACAACAUGGUCUGGUUAUGGAGUACAUGCCACACGGCUCCCUCCGUUCGCUGUACCAGAACAACCCAGAAGUUCCGUGGGCCUUGAGGUUCCGCAUUCUCAACCAAGUGGUUCUGGGAAUGAAUUACCUCCACAACCUGGACCCCCCUAUCAUUCAUCGAGAUCUCAAACCUGGGAACAUUCUUCUGAAUAAGUACCUAGAUGUCCAGAUUACGGACUUUGGGUUGUCAAAGGUUUUGGGAGCCACAACAACCACCCAGCCCAGCAUGGCUGGAACACUGGCUUAUAUGCCACCCGAAGCUUUCUCCCACAUUCAUUACAAGCCAACUAAAGCUUAUGACGUGUAUAGUUUCGGCAUCUUAAUGUGGUCCGUUUUCUCAGGAGAAGAGCCCUACCUAGGUGUGCAUCCUUUGUUAAUCCAGCGCUUCGUAUCAGAAGGCCAGAGGCCAGACGAGAGUAUAUUAGAAGAGUGGAAUGAGGUGAAAAUGCUGCCUGAAGCCAGGACUUUGAUGAAAUCAUGUUGGAGUCCAAAAGCAGAGGACAGGCCAAGUUUCCACUAUUGCAGUGAACCUACGGGCAACAUGGCCAAAGGGUAUGAAGGAGAAAUAGACAAGGAUGUUCAAAAGGUUCUAGAACAUCUGAAAGAGAGCUAUUCCAAAGAUGAGACCUCGAUAAGCAGUCUGGUUUCGUUGGAUGACUUCUCUUUUAGAGGUUUAGAAAUCACUGAAGGGCAAAUUGCAGAGCCCCAGGAAUCUGCUCCAGAACAUACGGGAAUGGAAUUGGCAUCAGAAGUACAAGGAGACGCUGCAUCCUCUGAGGAACACAAGUCAUCAGCAGAGAUCGUAAUAAACACCAUCAAAGAGUCUGGAGACUUUAAGAAGAUCGUGGGGAACCUCUCUGAUGACGGCAUUCUAGGCAAAGCCGAAAAGGAGGUGCUGGAGGGAAGCCGUUCUUUAAAGGAGAUUGGAAGAACAGUAGAGAAAGUCGUAUCUAACACGAUAAAGGAACGUCCCGAAAAACUUUUAGUGUCGUUGAAGAAAUUAUGGAAAUAGCUUUGUUUCCUGUCUACAAAUAUAAACCGGUAAAAAGAUGAUAAAUUGAUAAAGCUGCACCAAAAUAUUAUACAUAAAGUGGAGUUACAGGAUAUAGGCACAAAAGAUGUUGGGUUGUAAUAACACUGCGUAUAAUUUGGUCUAAAGCUUGGCCGCAAGUGGACUCCUACCUGGACAGGAACGUGUUAAGAAGCUUCGCACUCUGGGAAUACUUUAGAACAGGUUUGUUCCAUGCAGUCAGGUGGUUUUCAGUGUUUGUUAAUCUGCUUUUCUGGUCCCUCGGGGCUUUAUUCAGGACCUAUGGAGAAGGAGAAAGACAGAAAUAAGGGUUUAAAGGCACAGUACAUACGCCGGUAAACAGGUGCAAUAAACAUCUUGGAUUCUUAAUGAA